GGAGCCGGCGGCCAGGGGAGCCGGCGGGGCGUGCGGCACACAGGAUAGCGAUGGCCGCGGAAGUGACAGGAAUGGCUGCAGCCGCCUCGGAGUGCGGAAUCUCGCAGCGCCCCCACCCCCAUUUGCCGUCGCUGGGCUUCUGCUAAGGAAAGCAGGUCGGGGGGGCGGAGAGAGAAUGGAGGAGGGGCACGGCGAGAAGAGAGGGAGGGAGGCAGGAGGGAGAGAAAGCGAGCCAGAGUGUGGAGCCCAGAGAAAGGGACAAGGCAGAUCCUGGGAAGCGAGAGAGACUCCUGCAGGAGGGAGAACCUGGGCGGGGAGAGCACAUUCCCAGUGAAGGGCCUGGAGGGGAGCGCAAGGAUCGGGACUGCUCACAAGCAGCCGACUUGUUGAAAGACGUCGAGCGAGGCCAGAGGCUGUGCCCGGGGCCGGGGACAAAGCGACGUUGGGCGCGGAGCGAGAGGGAGCUGGCGCUGGCCCGCCGGGAUGGUGCAGCUCUCGCGGUGAAAAUGGUCUUUGUCCAACUUUUCUGAUGCCGAGAGGCCGGGCGGCGCGGCUCUAGCGGGAAGGGCUCCUGCGAACACUGCUCGAGUAAUGCUGGGAAGUGGAGGGAGUUUUGCUGGAGUCCUGCACAAGGCGGCGUUACCGGGACCCUCCCCCGAGCGCACGUCUGCUGUCAGGUGCCGGCCGUGGGCACAGAUGUGGGGAAUCGGGUCACGGCCCCUCCGCUCUCGGAGACUGCCAUCACCCCCAGAGCCCUUCCACACGGCCGUGCUCUGUGCCAGCUCCUAAGAAGAAAUUUAACUCUAUCCCAGGCAAAACCAGUAUUUCUCUGUGAAGACCUCUGUGCUUUAAUUUGGGAAGAUAUUAAAACAUUCCAAGAAAUCUCAGACCAUUUCAAGGGAGUGGUGUGUGCUUGUUGAAGAUGGUGGUAUUUACAGAGAAUCUUCAUGGAUUCUAAUGCUGGCAUCAGUGCAAGAAGAGUGUCGGGAAUGGGUUGGCUCUGGAUGGUCUUCUUCUUUCAUCUAGUCACCUCAUUAGAAGAAAUACUUCUGGAUACAACUCAGGAGACCUCAGAGAUUGGCUGGACUGCACACCCUUCUGAUGGGUGGGAUGAGGUAAGUGUCCUGGAUGACAAGAAGCGCCUGAUCCGAACCUUUCAAGUGUGCAACGUGGCUGAACCAGGUCAGAACAACUGGCUGCGCACUCACUUCAUAGAGCGGCGUGGGGCUCACCGCAUCCACGUCCGCCUCCGUUUCUCCGUGAGGGACUGCGCCAGCAUGCGCACUGUGGCCUCUUCCUGCAAGGAGACUUUCACACUCUACUACCACCAGUCAGAGGCUGACAUAGCCUCUCAGGACAUGCCAGAGUGGCAUGAGGGCCCGUGGACCAAAGUGGAUACUAUUGCAGCUGAUGAAAGCUUUUCCCAGGUGGACAGCACUGGGAAGGUGGUCAAGAUGAAUGUUAAAGUACGUAGCUUUGGGCCACUCACCAAGCAUGGCUUCUACCUGGCCUUCCAGGAUUCGGGAGCGUGCAUGUCCUUGGUGGCAGUCCAAGUCUUUUUCUACAAGUGCCCAGCUGUGGUGAAAGGAUUUGCCUCCUUUCCUGAAACAUUUGCUGGCGGGGAGAGGACCUCACUGGUGGAGUCCCCGGGGAUGUGUGUACCCAACGCUGAAGAGACAAGCACAACGGGGUCCUCGAGCGUUCGGCUGCACUGCAAUGGAGAAGGGGAGUGGAUGGUGGCCAUUGGACGGUGUACCUGCAAGGCUGGCUACCAGCCUGUGGAUGAUGAACGAGCCUGCCAAGCCUGUGCCCCUGGUUUCUUUAAAGUAUCUGUGGGAGAUGACCCCUGCCAUCUGUGCCCUGCCCACAGCCACGCUCCACUGCCGGGUUCCCGGGAAUGUGUGUGUCAGAACCGGUACUAUCGAUCUGCUUCAGACAAUUCUGAUGCUCCCUGUACUGGCAUCCCUUCUGCUCCUCGUGACCUCAGCUACGAAAUCAUUGGCUCCAACGUGCUGCUGACCUGGCGCCUCCCGAAGGACCUGGGCGGCCGCAAGGACGUUUUCUUCAACGUGAUCUGCAAGGUGUGCCCGGCGGGGUCGGUGGGGCCGUGCGUGCGCUGUGGGGACAGCGUGCAGUUCGAGCCGCGCCAGGUGGGGCUGACCGAGAGCCGCGUGCAGGUCUCCAACCUCCUGGCCCGUGUGCACUACACCUUCGAGAUCCAGGCCGUCAACUUGGUCACUGAGCUGAGUUCAGAAGCACCCCACUUUGCCACCAUCAAUGUUAGCACCAGCCAGUCAGUCCCCUCUGCUGUGCCUAUGAUGCAUCAGGUGAGUCGUACUACCAACAGCAUCACACUGUCGUGGCCUCAGCCAGACCAGCCCAAUGGGGUCAUCCUGGAUUACCAGCUACGCUACUUUGACAAGGCAGAAGAUGAGGAUAAUUCAUUGACCUUAACUAGUGAGACCAACAUGGCCACAGUAUCAAGUCUGAGCCCAGGCAAGAUCUAUGCCUUCCAAGUGCGUGCUAGGACAGCAGUUGGCUACGGCCCUUACAGUGGGAAGAUGUAUUUCCAGACUUUAACAGGAGGGGAGCGCUCGGAGAUGGUGCAGGACCGGCUGCUGCUGAUUGUGGGCUCAGCGCUCGGGGGUCUGGCCUUCUUGGUAAUUGCUGCCAUUGCCAUCCUUGCCAUCAUCUUCAAGAGUAAAAGACGAGAGACCCCAUACACAGACCGCCUGCAGCAGUAUAUCGGUGCACGAGGACUCGGAGUGAAGUAUUACAUUGAUCCUUCAACCUAUGAAGAUCCCAAUGAAGCCAUUCGAGAAUUUGCCAAGGAGAUUGAUGUGUCCCUCAUCAAGAUUGAGGAGGUCAUUGGAUCAGGAGAGUUCGGAGAGGUGUGCUUUGGGCGCCUGAAACACCCAGGGAAGCGUGAAUACAUGGUAGCUAUUAAGACCUUGAAGUCAGGUUACACAGAGGAGCAGCGGCGGGAGUUCCUGAGUGAGGCCAGCAUCAUGGGGCAAUUUGAGCAUCCCAAUGUCAUCCACCUGGAGGGGGUGGUCACCAAGAGCCGACCAGUCAUGAUUGUCACAGAGUUCAUGGAGAAUGGAUCGCUGGAUUCCUUCCUCAGGCAGAAGGAAGGGCAGUUCAGUGUGCUGCAGCUGGUGGGAAUGCUGCGGGGGAUUGCAGCCGGCAUGCGCUACCUGUCAGACAUGAACUACGUGCACCGUGACCUGGCAGCACGAAACAUCUUGGUCAACAGUAACCUGGUGUGCAAGGUGUCAGACUUCGGGUUGUCCCGCUUCCUGGAGGAUGAUGCUUCCAAUCCCACCUACACUGGGGGUCUGGGCUGCAAAAUCCCCAUCCGCUGGACUGCCCCUGAAGCCAUCCAGUACCGCAAGUUCACCUCCUCCAGUGAUGUCUGGAGCUAUGGCAUUGUCAUGUGGGAGGUUAUGUCCUACGGUGAGAGGCCUUACUGGGACAUGUCCAAUCAGGAUGUGAUUAAUGCCGUUGACCAGGACUAUCGCCUGCCACCACCCCCAGACUGCCCAACUGUUUUGCACCUGCUGAUGCUUGACUGCUGGCAGAAGGAGAGGGUCCAGAGACCCAAAUUUGAGCAAAUAGUCAGUGCCCUGGAUAAAAUGAUUCGCAAGCCAUCAGCCCUUAAAGCCAUUGGCACUGGGACCAGCAGACCAUCUCAGCCUCUCCUGAGCAACUGUCCUCCAGAUUUCCCUUCCCUUAGUAAUGCCCACGAGUGGUUGGAUGCUAUCAAGAUGGGUCGCUACAAGGAGAAUUUUGACCAGGCUGGUCUGGCUACUUUUGAUGUCAUAUCACGCAUGACUCUCGAAGAUAUCCAGCGUAUUGGAAUCACCCUUAUUGGUCACCAGAAGAAGAUUCUAAACAGCAUCCAGCUCAUGCGAGUCCAUUUGAAUCAACUUGAACCAGUUGAAGUGUGAUGUUUACAUCAUCCACAUUCCACUAGUCUCAAACUCUGGAAAAGUUCUGGGGGUAUUCAGAGGGAUUUUCAGUGUAAGAAAAAGAUGUCAGUAUGCUACUUGAAGACUUAAUGCACCCAGAGAGUGCACACUACGUGUCCUGUUCCAUGAACAAAAAACAGCCUUGCUGUGAUUUGAAAGCAGAACUAAAUGACUGGUGACAAUUACAUGUGGCUGAUUUCAUACAUUGGGAAUGGGUUUGGGGAGGGAAGGUUGUAAUAACAUGGGGUGGAGAUGGAAUAAUGGCUUGAACAGAUCACAAGCACCUGUUGCCUAUUGUCUGCCAACAAAAGGUAUCUGACAACUUUUCAAAGUCAUCAGCAGGCUUUAUUUAUGGCUGAGAGCCCAGCAAAGCUGCAGAGACAUAAUAAAGGCAACAAAAAAUUAGCUUUUUUUUCAGAAGAAUGCCAUUGUGGUGUGAAAGAUUAUUCUUCAGAUGGAGAUGAGCAUCAGGCUAUCACUUGGUGUGCCAGCUCAGUUCGGAACUGAAGUUCCAGCUAGUGCACAGCAUGUGGUAAGCAAAAACAGAUGUCAUCUGGUACACAGGUUCAGAGUAAAGAAUUGAAAUUCAGUGCU